AUGCCAUGUCCACUGCCGUGGGAAGCAAGUACAGGCCACGAGACGAUCUUCAAGUUUCAGAAAGCAAGACUUCGUCAGCUCUCAACCAACCUACAGCGCGAGGGCCACUUCUCAAAACCGCCUUCUAUGUUUGCCUGCCUCGCUACCCUGGCAUGGACGCAGGUGACUAAAGCACGGCAGUUAUGCGAUUUCGAAACGAGCAAACCGGGGAAUCAGGAGCUUUCCAAGGUGAUGAUUCCGGUUAAUUGGAGAAGACGUGCGUUUCCUAACGCUACAAAGACGUUCUUUGGGAAUACUACAGUGCUUCCAAUAGCUAUUCUUCCGGUUCACCAACUCGUACAAGCAGCUGACGGCCACGCAUCAUUGGCUGCUGUAACAAGAAAAAUCCAGGACCUGAUCGACUCGGUUGAUGAGGCUUUCGUGACUCGGCGUUUAAGGAUGAUGGACGCUGUAGAUCCACGCGAUGUUUCCGUUAACUUAAGUCCUGACAAUAGCAGCGACCUAAGUAUAAAUGCUUGGGAAUUUUUCGGUGCUGAUACACAAUGGGAGAUUCCUGGUGUUCCAUCGAGCAGUCCGGAUGCCAUACGACGAGGACGUAGUAGGGUCAGUGGUAACGGUGUUCUCAUACUGCCGUCGCGGCAAGCCUCUGACGACAUGGAAGUCUCAGUCACGUUGCAGAAUAACACUUUGGCUGAGCUAUCACGAGCUGAAGGGUGGAUGAUGUGGGUUCACCGUUCGCCUGUCUAG